AUGGACAGAGACCAGUUCAUCAAAGUGCUAGACCAGUGUUGGCAUGACUUUCGACGCCAGGCGAUCGCGGCAUACCCCGAACAAGUCGCCAGCCUCCGACCGCCAUCACCAACGGGCAGAGAGCUGCAGGUGGGCUCCUCAGCCGCGCGAGGACGCUCCGACGAGGACAGAACCCCUGGACCAGCCGUGAGCAACCAGUCGUCUCUGAAACCGCUGCAUGAGAAUGACAGCAGCAUGAUCGACGCAGAGAUCGUGAUCGCUUCUACGGCCAGUCCCCUGCUCCGCUCGGCGCUGAAAGAUAUGCAGCCUUCGGAAGCCCUGGCCACUAGCCGCCGUCUGCGGAUACGACUGGGAGUUUCACCGCAUCAGCAGCUUGUGUCUGGGAAGUCUCUUCACGAGGCGCUAGUCGCACUAGGUCUUACGAGAUAUGGCAUCGAGGACAUGAACAAGCUUGUGAAUGCACUGGCGUCCUACGUUGGGCUAUACUUCGAGGACACGUCACCCCGGAGGGCCAAGUUUCACGAGGAAGCGGAUCUUUUAAACAGUUUGCAGCCAUCCUGGAACUGGCCACCGAAGGACGCCUCUGCAUCUCCACAGGAUGCCCGGAUGGAGAAGAAUGUGGUUCCCGCACAAGCCUUGAUGGAGCUCUUCCUUGCUGAAGAAGGGCAUGUUCAUCGAAAGGUCUUUCAGGGAACCGGGCUGCUGCCUCAGUUCAAAGCCAUGAGGGAGAUCCUACUGGCCAGCGAUGCAAACCGCCUCGUCGCCGAGCUGACUUUUGUCCGGAUCAACGACCUGGCAGCCCCUCCAGAAGCCAUGCAUCCCUUGAUGUACAUCGAGCCCUUCAUCGCCCUGAUGAUUCUGGCGAAUGGGAUCGUGAUAGGCUUUCAGACCGACCCCAGCUACCAGAAUUGGGAGGGAUGGAUCUACCUCGAGACAGCCUUCGCGGUCCUCCUCGUCCUAGAGAUUUUGUUUCGAAUCUAUUUUCUUCGGUGUCGUACAUAUUGGUGCGGCCCGGAGAGAUAUUGGAAUUGGUUUGACGUCUUCCUGGCGGUGACUUCGGCAACCGACUUGACGCUGCAGGUUGUUGAGCAGCAAGCCAGCGACAUCGCUGGCACCAGUCUCUUGAGAUUCACGAGGCUGAUUCGGCUGGCUAGAAUUGUGAAAGUCUUCCGCUUGAAGAUUAUGAAAGAUUUGCGUCUCAUGGUCAAGGGAUGGAUUGCAGGUAUACGAACCCUCGUCCUUGCAUUCACUUUAUUGUUUGCUGUCCUUUACGUCAUUUCUGGCUUCGCCACCAUGGCACUUGGCGGUCAACUCGAAGUGGACGGAGAUCUGUCGCCUUACUUCCGAACGAUUCCUGCCUCGAUGUUUACCGCCUUCAGAUGCUUCACCGGCGAGUGUGUCAGCAGCCAGGGACAUCCCAUGACCGAUGCUCUCGCGACCAAGUUCGGGUUGACCUUCAUAAUCCCCUAUGUUGCAAGCUAUAUGCUGGUCACCAUGGGCAUCUUCAACGUGAUUUUGGCUGUCUACGUAGACAUAACCAUGCGGGCCGCAAAAGAGACGGAUGUUCACAACGCAGAGCAGCAUGCUCGUGAGUCCAUUCGGGUGGCCCGGUGUGCUCGAGAGCUUCUGAAGAGGUUCGCUACGGCGUACCGGGAACUCAGCGAUGCUGAUCAUGGACCUUCGGCGGUGGGAAAAAUCUCCUCCAUGGAGUUCACCUCAAACCGAGCUGGAGUAUUCACGGACGAUGAUAAUCAUGAUCAAAUCGAGAUUUCCAAGGAGCUCUUUCUUGUCGUCAUUCAAGACAGGGGUGUGCAGAAGCUCAUGGAUGAGCUUGAUCUACCGCCAGACCGGGCCAACAUGUUCGAGGUCAUCGAUGCCGACGGGAACGGCACUCUCCAUGUCCAAGAGCUGGUGCAGGGCAUGCUGAAAAUCCGCGGCGACCUCACCAAGAGUGACACGGUGGCCGCCUUGCUGGCCACCAAGGCGCUUCAAAGCGCAGUCGUGCAACUCAAGCUUGACCUUGCACAAACUAUCGAGACUUUGCACUACAACCUCAACUAUGUUGAGCCGCAUCAAAGAACUACAUUGCAGAGGAGCUUUGAGCAUCACUCCGAUUUCGGAGUGGGUGUGGAAGCUGAGCCACGAGCUUCGAGCCGAGCUAAUUUAUUGUCGCAUCCACCCGUCCAGCCGGCAAAGCCAGAGGACGGCACGGAACAAAGUGACAACGAGCUAGAUGUUUUGCCCCGCCGAUUGUCUCACGAAAUGCAUAACUCCUGA